GGAUGAAGUAGCCGUGUAACAGGGAAGCUCAGUGAGUAACACGAUAAAUGUACUUUUUGAUAUUCUGGCAGGCAACCAGGGAAACAAAGGCUUUACCCACUCACACUGGCUUUGGUUAUUUCCCCGGGGCGGCCACUUUUUAUUGUUAAUGCAGACUCAGCCUUAUCCCCUCCUGCUUGUCCCCUCCCACUUCAUAUUUGUAACAGACUCACACUGCAGCCCGGACACAAGUCACUGCCCCGCUGCUGGACACAGAGCUUGCACUCGCUGCUCACUAUAGUAGUGUAGUAACACUUAGCGUCCACUUAGCGUCCGAACUGCUGCUGCUGACACCGAAAUGGACUUAGUGACUGGGACCGAGUUGCCUCAUAUUGUGCCUUUGAAUGAUUCCUCUGUGGGCAGCAUGUCUGAGAUCUACAGUGCUGUCAAAUGGACACAGUUUGUCACUACUUUACUAAGCGUUUUAGGUUCUGGAUCAGUUAUCGGCUAUGCAGUGUUUCAAAAUGCAGUCAAGUUUCCAGAGGUUCGACCUCUUUUCUACCUCAGCUUGUCAGACCUUUUUCUGGCCAUAUGUUGGCUUGUAGGGGCAGUUAUGUACAGGAAAACAUCUUUUAACAAAAACAUUGCGUGCUAUAACCUCCAAAUAUUGGGCCAGAUGUUUUAUUUAUCCACCUUUCUCUACACGCUAAAUUAUAUGUGGCAGCUCUUCUGCAACGUGAAGACAAAAGUGGACGGAGACACGAAGAAGAUCUCACACAGCAAUUGCCAUAUAAGGAGAGCACUGACGAUACUCUCAAGUUUGGUGCCUGUCCUUCUUAGUGUUCCAGUGCUCUGUUUUGGGAAUAGCAAUAAAUGUUAUGGAAAUUCCACUCACCCACACAGCUGUUUAGUACUGAAUAUUGGAUCACAAAUUACUGCUGACCAACGGAAUUACACCAGCACCUGUACAGCCAUUUACUACUACAGCACAGUGGUGUUUCUUGCCAUGUUCCUCCUGGCAGCUGUUCUUAUUCUGGUCCUGAUGGGGUGCACCUAUAUUCUUUGCAGAAGGUAUCUGACAACGAGGGGACCGUUUGUGUUCCAGCAAUGGGCAGCAAUCAGUGUGGCAAAACAGAACCUCAUCUUUAUACCAUUUAUCUUCUUCUUAUGCUGCAUGCCAGCUGUUGUACUUACUGCCGUGAAACUGUACAAGCCCCACGAGGAAUAUGAUGUCUUCACCAUACUCUAUUUUAUUCUGGCCUUCACAGCAGUAUCACAAGGCUUUUUUAACUGCCUGGCAUAUGGUUGGACACAGAGGAUGCUGCGCUACUUAAAACAGAGCACUUGCCGUGACGUGGACACACAGACUCCUUUACUGCGUUCACAGAAGAAAUGCUAUGCCAGUGUACAAGUCACAACAGAGACCAUGUUGCCACAGAAAGUCUCUGCUUUAUGACUAAGUCAAGGAGUCAAUUUCUGAAAGACUUCUGGGUGAGCCCUGGCACAGUGCGGAUGAAGCAAAUAACACAGACGUUCAGCAACAUUGUCUGAACCUUCCUCAACUCUUAUAAGAGACACUAGGAAUUUUAAACCAAAUUGUAAACAUUCAUACUGGCCCUUGUUUUUUUACUGAUCUUGGAAACACUGCCAGUAUUUCCCUUCUGAACACUCAAAGUAUCUAAUGAGAGCCAGUGCCAUCAGGUGCCAACACCUUCUGCCAGAGUCUUCUUUUCAGUCUUGGAUUUAAGGCCCAGGAGCUGAUAGUAUCCUAUUGUCUUCAUCACCUUCAUCUUCUGAACUAGACUGGAGUGUUCUGUGGAUAUUUUAUAGACUACGGUGCUGUAAAUGACUGUGUAUCUACAUGAAAUCAUUUCUAGGGUCUUUUAAAAUGGGAACCUACAAAGCACUACAUUUGAGCAGAUGUCUGACCAGACCAAGUAUAUAUUUAUAUAUUCUCUGCUCAGUCAAUCAAUUUAUUAUGUGGAAACCCCUAAGUCCUCGAAGUAAAGCUAAUGAUGGGAUAUUAUUAUUAUCAUUCUCCUUUAUUUAUAUAGCACUGACAUAUUACAUAGCACUUUAGGGAUUAUACAAAAUUCAUCUCAGUUUGUGCCUAGUGGAGCUUGCAAUCUAAAGUUCCUAUUGCUGUCAAACUAGGAUCUGUUUCAUCAGGGGCCGGUUUUUUAGAGGAAACCUACACACGGAAGACAUACAAAAUUGUUGCAGUGUUGCAGGACAGUGUUACUACCUAAUAUGCCAUUGUGCAGCCAUGUGUUCACUUGAAGCCCAGUGGCAGAUAAUCAAGGUUCCUUGUAUUGCCAGGAUGACAGCAAAUCAGAUUUAACAUAGUUUACACAUACAUGUAAUAGAGAGUAACUUCUGUGAGCUGUCUGUUGUCAUUCGGAUCAGGAUUCAACAGGAUAGAAUCUUUUUUGGUCACAUUAUAGAUGGGCAGGCUAACUUUAUUUGGUGUCAGGAUGGUAUAUGAUAAUCUGGUUUCACUCUGGGACAAGAUGAGAUUUGGUCUAUUUGGUUUAGGAUCAGAAUAGCAUACUGACCAGAGUGGUUUCUCUUUGAGAUCAAGAUGGCAUGUCAUAUGUCCCUAGUCAUUAAUCUGUGGAAUCAGGAUGGCAUAUGGACCUAAUCAUUCAUUUUUGGGGUGAGCAUGGCAUAUGACCCAAGUGGUUUCUCUUUGGAAUCAUGCUGGUAGAAAGAAAAUCUAAUUCUCAGGUUUUCUAUGGCAAAAUCACAUAAGUAAUAUGAUUUCUUUGCUGCAAAGAGUUUGAUGAAUCUCACACGAUUUAGGUUUCUUUUGAUUGGGACUACACUAGACUGGCCAUACACUUAAGAUGCUAAUUUUGCCCUAUAGACCAAGCUGGCAGUUUAUAUCCCAACAAAAACUGGCCAGGUAUCUAUCAAGCAGAUUUAAAAAUCCUGUUGAUGAAGGAUGAAAUUAUUGUGUCAUCCAUUAUGACCAAAUUGUUGGCCCUGGGGCCAAAUGAUCGGAUCAGCUCGAUUAGGGCCAGAAUAUAGGUGGCCAAAUUAGGCAAAGAUCCUUCCAUUUGCUAACCUUGCCAUACGAGCAGAUCUAAUUGUCUGUAUUGUAUCUAUGGCCAGUCUAAUGUUUAAGUUUCAUUUAAAACAGCUAAUGAAAACUGCAGGUAGUUUAAAUGUGAUCUCUGCUUAUGACUUUGUAGGAUGAUCAACUGUGAUUUUAGUUGCACAUGAUUAGUGGCUUAUGUAGACUAAACCUGAAAGGAAGGUUUUGCCUUUUCUUGGUAUUUAUGUCUUAGCACAAAAAGUGAAGGGAGAAAAGUGUCAAUUUUGUAAAUUUGGAGCAUUAUUUAUUGUUACGUGUUUACACUGUGAUGUAUAAAAUGCAAUAAAGACCUAAAACCAUUUGAACCAUA